AUGGAUCCAGAAAAUAAUACAAGAAUUUCAGAGUUUCUUCUCUUGGGAUUUUCCGAGGGCUCAGACCUGCAGCCCCUCAUAUUUGGGCUUUUCUUCUUCAUGUAUAUAAUCACUGUAUUUGGGAACCUGCUCAUCAUCCUUGCCACAAUCUCAGACUCUCACCUGCACACACCCAUGUACUUCUUCCUCUCCAACCUGUCUUUUGUGGACAUCUGUGUAACCUCCACCAUCAUUCCAAAGAUGCUGGUGAACAUCCAGACAGAGAGCAAAGCCAUUAGCUAUGCAGGUUGCAUCACCCAGAUGUACUUUUUCUUGCUUUUUGUAGAGUUGGACAACUUCUUCCUGGCUGUGAUGGCCUAUGACCGAUAUGUAGCCAUCUGUCACCCCCUGCACUACAUGGCUAUCAUGAAUGACCGAUUCUGUGGGUUGCUGGUUCUGGUGUCCUGGAUCAUGAGUUUCCUGCAUGCAUUGUUGCAAAGCUUAAUGGCACUGCAGCUGACUUUCUGUAGAGACGUUGAAAUUCCCCACUUUUUCUGUGAGCUUAAUCAGGUGGUCCAACUUACCUGCUCAGACAACUUUCUUAAUGACAUUGUGGUGUAUUUUGCAGCUGUGCUGUUGGCUGCUGGUUCCCUCACUGGUAUCCUGUACUCUUACUCCAAGAUAGUUUCCUCCAUUCGUGCAAUCUCAUCAGCUCAGGGGAAGUACAAAGCAUUUUCUACCUGUGCAUCUCACCUCUCAGUUGUCUCCUUAUUUUAUUGUACAGGGCUUAGUGUGUACCUUAGUUCUGCUGUGACCCAAAACUCAUACUCAACUGCAAGAGCCUCAGUGAUGUACACAGUGGCAACCCCAUGGUGA